UACUGCUGCAGUUUUAACAAGGCCUACCAAUCAGCGUUCGUAAAAAUCAUAGGCGUCAUAGGCAACUAGUAGUGGGGACUUUUUUCUUGAUUUUUCAUCACGAGAUGUCGCUGCACGCAAAUUCUCUACUUGCCUUGCCAUUUGCCACGUUCAUCGAAUCAUGUAUGUUUCCAAAAGAUGAAAGGAUAUUUUCAUAUUUACACGUAGAUUCUCCAAUUUCACGUGAAAAACUAUUCGAAUUACAAUGUCGAGAAAGAUAUUCGUUACCGUUGGAACUACGAAAUUUGAUAAUUUGAUAACUACUGUCACCAGUUCGGCGGUUUUAGAGGAACUUAAUAAGCGUGGUUACAAUCACUUGACAUUGCAAAUCGGUAAUACGACACUAAAGCCUGACUGCACACCACGCCACGGUUUUCAAACAAUUGAAUUUUUUACCUUAAAACCGACAAUAAAAGAAUAUGUGAAAUCUGCGGAUUUAGUUAUAAGUCAUGCCGGUGCUGGCAGUUGUCUGGAAGCCCUCGGAGAGCUUAAACCCUUGAUAGUUGUUACCAAUGAUCUUUUGAUGGACAAUCAUCAACUGGAACUUGCGCAGCAGUUGUACAAAGACGGUCAUCUUUAUUAUUGCACUUGUAGCAAUCUUCACAAACUCAUAGCAUCGAUGGAUUUAACAAAACUCAAACCGCUGAUUCGUGACAGCAGAAAAAUUGCUAAUCAAAUUGACAAACUUAUGGGCUUCUGAUACAAAAUCUUUCAAUGAUCAAAUUAUUCUUCAACAUUCUCAUAGAGUAUUUUGAUACUAUGAACAUAACUGAGCUUUUAAUUUUUUUUAUUCAAAAGUUAUACCAGAUUUUGCAUUUAUCAAAUUUUGUAUAUGAUGAGUGAAUUGAUUUUAUAAUUCAUUGGCAGUUCAUAGUCUACGAGAAGCAGAACUUUGAUCAUCAACACAAUACUUAUUUUGCAUGAGUUUGAGAAAUUGGUUAAAUUUCGUUGUAUCAUAUGAACACGUGAGAGUACUCGUAUUACUAAGAACUUUUGAUAAAUUGAAAAAUAUCCGUUAUAAAGUGUGGUUUAAAAGAACGUAAAAUUUUUCGUGUUAGGCUAUAACGGCUUUAUUCAAUAAUUAACAUGAUUUACAAUAAGCGUAUGUAUUGUAUUUAAACAAUGGUGAAUAGAAAUAUGCUCUGAGGAAAA